AUGUAUUUACAGAGAUUUUUACAGAAAUUAACAAAUACCCGAGCGCUGGUCGAAUCAAGUGGUGAACUUGAAACUCAAUACUUUGAGUCAAUGUACCGAGUAAUAUACUUAGAAGGUAUAUCGUUCUCGGAGACCAAUAUAGGUUAUUGGAUGUACAGCUCCACGGUGAAGGCACUGAUACUCUUACUGGUAUUCAGCGAAGUGUGGCAAUUUGUCAGUGCACGACUGACCAUUGACACAGUAAUUGACAGCACUAAUAUAAUUGCUAUUCAGUUAAGUGCAGCUUUUAAGUAUAGAAGCAGGUUAGUACACAAGAACGUGUUUAGACGCCUCGCCUCGUCCAUGAAUUCUCCUAACUUUGAUCUAUCGACUGACGAAAGGAAAAAGUUAAUGGAAGUUUGGCAAAAGAGAAAUGAGGCGCAUUUGAAGCUCCUUCUGGCCCUUGGGACUUGCACACUCAUAGCUUGGUACAUAUAUCCCUUAGUAGAUGAAUUAGACUACAACCUAAUGGUAUCUGUUCGUUUACCGUACGACUACCAAAACUCCACCUUGUACCCGAUAACGUAUAUUGGCUUGAUAGUCGUCUUCUCAUACAUGUCGUACUUUGUGAUGGUGAAUGAUCUCACUAUACAAGCCCAUCUUAUGCAUUUACUCUGCCAGUUUGCAAUACUGAAUGACUGCUUCAGAAAUAUCUUGAAGGACUGCGUUGAAGAUUGUAAAGAUAUGAACGAAAUGCAAUUGUUUUCAAAUAAUAAAUUUAAGCAAAGGUUUAUAAGGAGGUUGGGAAAUCUUUCCGAGCAGCAUAAAUUUCUUUUAAACAUCACGUCACAGCUUCGAGAGAUAUUGAGUAGACCAAUGUUGGCACAGAUGGUUGUUAGCACUACUCUUAUUUGCUGUAUUGGUUUUCAAGUGGCUAUUUCUGUGAGUGUGAACUUCACGAAAUGGGUUAUGAGUCUGCUGUACUUGGGAUAUAAUAUGUUCGUGCUAUACAUAUUAUGUCGAUGGUGUGAGGAAUUAAAGAUUCAGAGUACAGCAAUUGGCGACGCGCUAUAUUUCUCCGGUUGGGAGAGUGGUAUCACGAGGAUACCUGGUGUACGGUCCAGCAUGCUACUCAUCUUGGCGCGCGCCAAUAAACCGCUGGUUAUGUCCGCUGGCGGCAUGUAUGACUUGUCACUGGAAGCUUAUGCUACUAUGGUUAAAACGUCAUAUAGUGCACUCACUGUAUUACUUCGGCUUCGAUGA